AUGAGUUCCGAAGAACAUCGUCGUGCGAGUAAAGUAACGUUUGAUUUGCGACAGAAUAAAACCCGUACAGUUUUUCCGAACACGUCAUUAUCAGGAGCAAAACAUGGCGCUCAGACUUCAAAUCGAAGACAUAGUGAAUUCUUAUCCAUCUCGGGUCCGCUAAACAAGAAGUCGGAUGGUCGCCGGCAUAGUGAAGUAUACCAUACAAAACGCAGGCCGAGUGAUGUCUUAAAAGAAACUUCUCAAAGCCACCACGUCCCAACGACUCAUCAAAGUUCGCUUAUCGAACACGAUCGUCGAUUGAACAGAAUGCUUAAAGACAGGAGAUACAGCGAUGAAAAGCUUUAUCUCCUAGAUGUGGUAUCAUGCGGAAAAAGUUUACGAACUAAAUCUAUUAUGGCGGUCGUGUCGCUUCAGAAACAUGGUAAUGUCACGGCUGUGUUCUAUAAUAAGUAUGGAAUAUUGUCUUCUUCAGCCAACCGUGCCCGAUUCCAGGUCACUUCCGGUCCCAAGAGGUUCUCGGAGGGGGAUGUUCUGGAAGCGCAGAGCCUCCAACAGUCUGGUCUAAUAGGUCAAAGAAGCCACCUCAGCAAAUUCAAGAAUGUGGCCAAAGUAGCAGCGUUCAGAGAUACUGCCCAGUUGCUCAGUGAAAGAUUGAGAGGUAGGAGGAUAUCCGAAGUUGAUGCCAAACUGACCAUGGAUAUCAAAGGUCAAGGGCGCCGAGGGACUGUCCAUGGCAACCAGCUGCAUGGCGAUGGAACACGAAGGGUUGAGGAACCCUUCGGAAAACACCGGCUAAGCACACUUCUAGCUGCCACACUCAAAGCAAAAGAGGAGGAAAAACAGAAAAUGCUACGGAAGUUACAGACGGUUAGUAGAGCAGUGGGGCGUAUGUGUGCUUUACAGAGGCUCAUUCUUCAACGGAAUGCUACCGACACGGUGUAUCAGUCACAGUUAAAGGAAAUCGGUAGUUCUCCUGUGAACGAGAAAAACACAUACGGAGCCAAUAGAAUUGACGUGUCUUAUUUCAAAGCUAAUCGUCAGAUGCGAAUGUCCCAGCGAGGACUACAGAUUCUGUCUAAACCCCCAGACCAAAGAACCAGAGAUGACAUUCGAUAUGCGACCAAUGCCCUCCGGAAUGUGAAAUACAUAGCAGAAUUUCCCCUGCGGAUCCAAGAGGCGUUGGCUCGUGUAGGGUUUGUAGAAUGUUACGAUGCCAAACGCUUUAUCGUGAAGGAAGGCGGAGCUCCCGAGAACGCUUAUAUUGUUCUCUAUGGCUCAAUUGUAACCGCUAUAUUGGAUGAUCACAAGCUAUCGGCCACAUCAAUAGAUGUAUUAAUUAAACGAGGACAGCCCUUUGGGGAAAUAGGAGUUUUCAAAAACAAACCUAGAGGGGGAUCCAAUAUAACCAAUGAAUACACAGAGGUCUUGAGGAUACCUGCGGAGGACUACAAGAAGAUUUUUAUGGGUGGAGUUCAAAAUGACCCCGAGAGUGACCCGUACCUCAGAAAGUUCAGUUUCUUGAGAAACUGGCCUCUGAAAUCUUUAAAAGAAGAGCCAGGAAAAUAUUUUGUGACAUAUUUUCAACGAAGUGUUAUACUAACAAGAGAUAGCAAUAAAUCCGACUGGAUAUACAUUGUAAAAGAGGGAUCUUUAAGGGUUUUAAAGAGACUGGAGAAAGUGAAACCAAUCGUGAACAAACGUUCAGGAGAAUAUAGACUGGAUGCCCAUCCCAGUGGGUAUUUUUCGUUUCUUAGUCAAAACCAGGACUUUAAUCGUUAUAUAAAUUACCAUGACAUCGACCUUCCACCCCCUCUGCAAAUGGAGGAUGGCUCGGGGGAUGAAUUUGAUGGUCCUUAUUCUAGUCAGGGAACUCCAAGAUAUAAAAAGUCACAGGCACUAACAGACAGACUAAAUACAGUCUUACGGCCACACACAACGGGAAGGAUGAUUAUCACUCCGGGAAGUGAAAGAGAAACUGAUCAAUCGCCAAGGUCAGCUGUCAGUGAAAGUCCCGCGGCAAGGAGUCAAAAGAGUCUGACCCCUAGCUCCAACAAAGGACAAAGCGAAUCUCCUACCCUUUCUAGCAUCACAGAGGGAGAAAUUGCUCCAGAUGGAAAGAAAAGAAUUGGGUUAAAGACACUUUUUACGGAUCUUGAUACAGGUGCGAAAUCGCCAGAAGAUGAGAGGAUUCGAAGAGUAAAAAUUAACCCUUUGAUAGAAGAAAACUUUGUGCCAUUACCAGAGUCAGAUAAGGAACCGGAAUGGGUCCAUGUACAGACUCUUACAAAAGAUCAAAUAUUUGGGCUCCAGUAUGUGACAUUUGAGAGGGAUAAACAACCACAACCAAGCUUUGUUGUCAUCAGUAACGGCGCUGAAGUUGUCCAAAUCAGUCGUACAUUGUUCCUCUCCAAGCUUGAUUUUAAUGCCAGAGAGAGGCUACGCAGUGAGGUUUCCCCGUAUCCCACGGAUGAGGAAUUACAACAAAAUCUUAUGACACGUAUUAACUGGGAGGCUUACAAAGAUAUAGUUCUACAGCAGUUUGUUAAUGACAAAUCCAGACGUAGACCAGCAACACAAUAUGUCAAAUAUAGACCAAUGAGAUUUAAGCUUACAAAAUCCUCCGUGGCGAAGUCUGUGUAUUCAUAGUUUUGAGAAAUAUACUUUGAAUGUGAAUAACUGAUAUUGAACGUAAAAAUGUGCUGUAU